AUGUCACUCCCCGGCCACAAGCGUCGCACCGGCGCGGUCGCCUCGGCCAACAAGAGGACAAAGACGCAGGAGGCGGGCGGCGGCGAUGCUGUGGGAGUGAUUAGCCAAGGCCUGCUUGAAGAGAGCAAUUUGGAGUCCCUGCGGCGGGCCUUCGCGGCGGGCGCUCCCUUUCCGCACGUCGUGCUGGAGAACGUGUUCGACGAUCAGUCGCUGCGCCGUGCGCGGGAGGAGGUGAUCCACAAUCUGAAGGCGGACUUCAAGGAGACGGACAUCUUCAAGGUCUUCCAGACAGGCGACCUGGCAAACUACGACUCCUGUGAUGAUGGGAUUUCAAACAGUGGCGACCUGCGGGCCGUGCGCGAUGCCAUCUAUUCAGAGGGCUUCCGGACACUUGUGCAGAAAAUCACCACACGGGCUGUGGGCUCGCAGGUGGACUGCUCGUGCAACGUGUAUCUGGACGGUGGCCACCUGCUGUGCCACGACGAUGUGAUUCGAACUCGCAGAGUUUCGUACAUCUUGUACCUGACUGACCCUGAUGACGCUUGGCAGCCAGAAGAUGGGGGAGCACUGGAGCUGUAUCCUGCAAACAAGGAAACAGGGGAGCCACUUGUUCGCCCAUCGAAGCUGAUAUAUCCAGCAUGGAACAGCAUGGUUGUGUUCAAUGUGGAACCUGGGGUUAGCUACCAUGCGGUGCAGGAAGUUUUUAGCGGCUACAAAAGGCGCCUCAGCCUGUCUGGUUGGUUUCAUGCAGACUCUGAACUGCCAGGAUCUGAGAAGGCUACUCUCAGCCAACUGAAGAUGAAAUGUGGUGAGGAUGUGCAUCGCCUCUACAGCGAAAUCGUGCCCUUGCAGGCAGAGGCGAAGGAAUUGGCAGACCUGGGAGUAUUGAGGAAAUGGGUGAACGCGGUGUUUCUAGAUCCUGCUGCUAUGGACCGCAUUUAUGAGAAGUUCCAUGCUGAAGGCAGCAUACAACUUCAAGACUUUCUCAGGCAGGAUGUUUGCAAAGCCAUAAAAGAAGCGCUGAAAAGAGAGGAGAAAGAGGCCCUGCCACAGGGAGACACUGCCAUGCAGGGCUCCUUGGGAAGUACAGGGCCCUGGGCAGAAAUUGGUCCCCCUCACAAGCAGCGACACAUGUUGCACACUGCCGGAGGGUCCACCAGCAGCUGCGGGGGUCUUCUUGAGUGCCUGAAGAAUGAGCUGUUUCGCUCUCCCGCAUUCUCUCAGCUGCUCCACCACCUGACUGGCGUCCGCAUUGCUGGGAUUUGGACCGAGGUGCGACGAUUCCGGCCUGGCCUAGACUACACGGUUGCGCACUAUGGUGCCAUAUCCGAUGACGACAGACUGGAUGCAGUACUCUGUUUUGUGGACGACGACAGUGAAGAGGAUGCCCUGAAAUGGGACAGUGGUGAUGUGGGUGGCUUUGAGGCGUACUUGCUGGCGGAUGUGGAUGGCGACGAGCAGGAGGCGCCAGAGGUGUACAAAGUGGACGACGGGGACGAAAGCUCCGGCGUGCUGAACAUCAGUGCCGUUUCGAACACCCUCAGUCUCGUCCUCAGGGAUACAGGUCUCAUGCGUUUUGUGAAAUAUGUCAGCGCAUCUGCACCAAGUGGGCGAUGGGAUAUUUCAGCUGAGUACCAAUUACAGAACGAUGAGUGCGGUGGCGAGGGCUCCGACAGCUGA